AUGGCAGACAUCGAGAAGCGUGUCAACCUUGAGGAUGAGUCGCCACAAUCCGCCUCUUCAAUCUCUUCGGCCGACUACACACACAUCAACGAGAAAGCACUCCUCCGUAAGCUCGACUGGAAGCUCUUACCUGGUGUGGUCCUUCUCUAUCUUGUUUCCUUCCUCGAUCGCAGCAAUGUCGCCAACGCCCGUCUCGAGGGCUUGACCACGGAUCUCCACAUGACUGGAAACGAAUAUCUUACUGGUCUCACAGUAUUCUUCAUCGGCUAUAUCGCUUUGGAAGUGGUCUGGAAUCUGAUCCUGAAGAGAAUUGGUCCUAGAAUUUGGCUGCCCAGUGUUACAAUCGUCUGGGGUAUCAUUACGGUCCUACAGGGCAUCUUGGUGAACAAAGUCGGCUUCUUCGUUAUCAGAACCGCACUAGGUGUCGCAGAGGGUGCACUCUUCCCUGGUGUAGUAUUCUAUCUCAGCAUGUGGUACAAGAGAGAAGAAAGAACAUACAGAGUCGCGCUGUUCUUCUCUGCUGCUAGUAUGGCAGGCGCUUUCGGUGGUAUCCUGGCAUAUGGCAUUGGCUUCAUGAGAGGAGUAGGUGGGAAGAAAGGCUGGGCUUGGAUCUUCAUUCUUGAGGGUAUAGCUACUGUACUCAUUGGUGUGGCCGCCUUUUGGUUCAUCGUCGACUGGCCCCAAAAGAGCAAGUUCCUCAAGCCUGACGAGAAAGCCUAUGUCAUGGCACGUCUCAAGGCCGACAGUGACGCGUCCAAUACCGAGGUCUUCGAAUGGUCAGAAGUGUGGAAGGCAUUCAAAGAUCCCAAGGUUUGGUUGUACUGUGCACACUUCCAUACGCUGAGUCUGCCACUCUACACCCUCUCUCUGUUCUUGCCCUCUAUCAUCAAGUCUCUUGGCUACACGGCAUCGUCCGCCCAGUUACUCAGUAUCCCUCCUUAUGCUCUCGCAACAGGCUUGACAGUCAUCUACGCGAUCACUGCCGAAAAGUAUCGCCGCAGAAACGUCUUCAUCAUGACAUCCUCUCUGACCGGCAUAAUCGGCUACGCCAUUCUCCUGUCCAACGAGCACCCUACUCGUCAUCCUGCCAUCAGCUACGUAGGCACUUUCUUCGCAGCUGCUGGAAUCUACCCCUCAACCGCCCUAGCCCUGUCUCUACCCGCUAUCAAUGUGUCUGGUCAGACCAAGAGAGCCACGGCUACAGGCAUGCAGAUCACGAUUGGCAAUAUGGGUGCAAUUUUAGGUACACAAUUGUAUCGGACCGAGACAGCGCCAAGAUAUGUUCUAGGACAUUCGUUUGCAUUGGCGUAUCUUUGUAUGAAUGUUUGCGUAGCUGGAUUGACUUGGUGGACUCUACAUAGAGAGAACAAGAAGAGAGAUGUUUUGGAAGAGCAGCAAGUGCAGAGAAAAGAAGGAGGCUGGGAAGGUGAUGACGAUGUUAGGUGGAGAUUUACUACCUAA